AUUAAACUAUCUGAAAUCGCACAAAAUGGAACCAGCAGGAGGACCCUCCACUUCGCGCGGUGGCCGUCCGUCUCGAGGUUCACGGGGAAAUGCUGGUCGGCGCGGGCGAGGAUUUUGGCGUCCGUACCACCGUGGUGCUUCUGGGCCACCUCGUGAACGUCCCGUGGGCUUUGCCCUUCCGCGAAUGGACGGUGGCGAUAAGAACGAUCUUUCAUCGUCCGGAUUGCUGCCGGGUGCUUCUCAAACUCAACCACUUCUAUCGGUGAUGCUCGAGAAAGAACCGUGUGAGUAUCCGGGCUGGAAGCUGUACCUACCGCAGGAAGGGUACCGUGAAGGAUCACAAACAUUGAACAAAAUUCAAGUAACAGAACGUCACUACGUAAAAUAUCCGGAUCAGUACGCCCUAGCAGCGAUCAGGACAAAUUUGUGGUUUGAGUUAGAUAUCGCCGUUGCCGAAGCGGAUGCCAAUUUCGUACAAGACUGGCCUACAUUCCGGCAAGACUUAGUUGACAAUCCAGAGCAAACGUUGGCCAUGACCGGUUUGGCCAUGCACCAGGUUGUCACCAAAUCACUUUCCGGAGAAAUUUUCUCCCAAUCAUCGGAAUCCUCAGCGUCCCAGGACAAAUUAAUGCUGCAAGCAAUCCGGCCUCGUGUCGUAGGUCACGGGCCAGAGGUUCAUUUGCGUCAUAUGAAAAUCAACAGCUUUGGCAAACUAUUUGCCGUUCGUGGGACAAUCAUCCGAGCUGGUAAUUCGCAGGUGCUGAAUUCGUGGAUGGCGUUCCGAUGUUCCCUAUGUCAUGGCCAGCAAGCCAUCCGCCAGGUCGAUGGUGUUCUGACUCUUCCUACAUCCUGCCGUGAAGGCUGUAAGGCAAGAAGUAAUUUUAUGGCUCAGAGAUCGUCGAUAUUUACUCGAACAGAAGCGUUUCAAACGGUACGGCUGCAGGAAUCGAUGCUAGGUGCUCGCUCCGGACAUGGUCAGGUUCCUAGAAGUAUCGAAGUCGAGCUCACUCACGAACUUGUCGAUGCCGUCUGCCCUGGUGAUGAUGUGACCAUUACAGGAAUCCUGAAAGGAAGACCCCAGGAAGAGAACAGCUCGAAGGCUCGGAACACGGCCAGUAUGUACAAAAUGUACAUGCAGGCAGUUGCUGUUCGUAGCAACAAGAACUCGUCGACCAGCUGGCAUCGUGCUGCAGAGUUUUCUGAUUUGGAUAUGGAAGCCAUACGUGCCAUUCGAUCGGAACCAUGCGCUUUUCGUUUGCUGGUUCAAUCUUUGUGUCCAAUGAUUUACGGACACGAAAUGAUUAAGGCCGGUCUGUUGCUUGGGCUGUUUGGAGGCUCAUCCAUCACGAAAGGUCGUCGUUCUGAGAUUCAUGUCCUCAUUGUUGGUGAUCCCGGAAUUGGGAAAAGUCAAAUGCUACAAUCGUGUGCAGAGGUGUCACCAAGAGGAAUUUUCGUUUGCGGAAACAGCACUUCGAACGCUGGACUGACGGUAGCUGUUCGAACAGAAAAGGGCUCAGGAGGAUCCCUGGAAGCAGGUGCACUGGUAUUGGCAGAUCAAGGUGCUUGUUGCAUCGAUGAGUUUGAUAAAAUGUCCGGUAACCAUCAGAUUCUAUUGGAAGCAAUGGAACAACAGGUGGUUAGCGUGGCUAAAGCUGGAGUAAUUUGUUCCUUACCGGCCCGGACAUGUAUUCUUGCUGCUGCCAAUCCUUCUGGAGGACACUACGACAAAUCAAAAACCGUUUCGGAAAACCUCAAAAUGAAACCAGCUCUCCUGUCUCGUUUCGAUUUGGUGUUUAUUCAACUUGAUCGACCAAAUGCCCAUCUGGAUAAUUUACUAGCCGCACAUGUUCAGAGGCUGCACGGAACGAAAGAAGGACAAUUUCCGCAGGGGGCUGCUUUCCAAGCGCUACUUACCGGAAUGGGUAGCACCAGUCUGCACGGAUCACAGGCGGAAGCACCUCUUCACGAACGGCUUAAGAUCACAGCCAACGAUAAAAUGGACUUGCUGCCAGUCCAACUGAUACAGAAAUACAUUGCCUACGCCCGCAAGAACGUCCAACCCAAGUUGACGGAAGAAGCGGGGUUGGAGAUUCGAAAUUUCUACACCGAAAUGCGUCACGCUCAGCAGGGAAUGGACUCGAUUCCGGUAACGACCCGUCAGCUGGAAGCUCUGGUACGUCUUACUCAAGCCCGGGCACGGACGGAGCUGGAAUCGGAAGCGACGCUGAAACACGCCCAGGAUGUUAUCGCCAUCCUGCGGUACAGUAUGAUCGAUGUGUUCAGCAACGAUGUGGGUGAUUUGCAACCAAACAGGCUGAUGAACGGAGCCGGAGUAAGUCAGACGAGUUUGGUCAAGCGGUUCGUCCGGUUGCUCCAGACGAAGGUGGCAGCACACAACAAAACCAUCUUCUCGCUGGCCGAACUGAAACAGAUGGCUGGGGUGGGAACGGAUUUCAAUCGACUGCUGGAUGCACUAAAUAUUCAAGGAUUUUUGCUCAAGAAAGGUAGAGAUCUGUACAAAUUUAUGGCUGACUGAAAGGGCGAGACUUGACGAUUUCUUAAGAUUAGUUUAGUUAUAAAGAUAGUACGUACCUAAAUAUAGACUUUAAUGGACCUGAACUCGGUAGUGAUAGUUGUAGCGGCCAAUCAUUGAAUUUGUUGAUGUUUCAUUUCAUUAUUCCAUUUUUAGUGCCGACAGCACGAAUCAGUAUCUAUAGUGUAAAAACUAAUUUGUUAAUAUAAAACACGAAGUAAGUCCCAGGGACA